AUGUUUUUCAACAAACUUGACGACAUUUCCAAAGAGACCGGAAAACGUGGAUGGAUUGAUCUCCCAUGCCUGUUCCAAUACUAUGCAUUUGACACUAUUGGAAUGCUCGCCUAUGGCAAGCGGUACGGUUUUAUUGAACAGAAUUCUGAUAUCAACGGAAUCAUCAAGUCGACGCGGGCGAUACUCGACUACACUUCAUAUGUUGGCAAUUAUCCACUGUUAGACAAGGCAACGAUCAAAAACCCACUUAUGUUGUGGCUGGGCCGAAUGGGUUUUGUCCAAAUGACCACGCCGUUAAUUCCGUUCGCGAUUAACUCGCAGGCUGGACGACUGGCGGAGAUGCGAGAGAACCCUGAGCGCAAGGAUACCAACCGGGAUAUCCUUGACAGCUACCUUGCAUUGCAUAGGGCUAAGCCGGAUGUCGUAACCCAUGAUAUAGUACUGGAGCUGGGAGUGAUGUUGGGUUUUGCUGGAUCGGAAUCAACUGGGGUCGCCCUAAGUGCAUUUCUUUACCAUGUCACACGCCAUUCCGAUAUCUACCGCCGUGUCCGAAACGAGCUGGCGUCUCAUAUCGACGCCAAUACAAGUCAUGUAUCGUAUACAAAAGCUCAAAGCAUGCCAUAUUUUGAUGCCUGCGUGAAGGAGUCUUUCCGAAUCCAUCCCCCCAGCGGCUUCGUGAUGGAGCGUGUGGCUCCUCCGCAAGGAGUGGAGAUUGCUGGGUACAAAGUCCCCGGCAAUGUGAUUGUUGGCUGCAAUCCACACGCCGUGCAUCGUGAUAAGGCAAUAUUUGGAGAGGACGCAGAUGUGUAUCGCCCUGAGCGAUGGCUCGAGGCUAGUGACGCGCAAGCGCGCGAAAUGUGGAAGGGAAUGCUGCAUUUUGGUAGCGGAUCACAUACAUGCUUGGGUCGGCAUAUUAGUGUGAUGGAGGUGUAUAAACUGGGCGCGUCACUGUUGCAUAACUACAAGAUCACCCUGGACCAACCGGAAAGAGACUGCGAGAUUACAGUAGGGCAGUUUGUACGGUUGAACUACCGGGUACGGGUAAAGCGAUUAUCUAAGGAGUAG